AUGAACGCUUAUCAGCGACAUUGGCAAAUUGUUUUGCUAUGGUCUGUUUUGCUGUUGUCCUCGCCGGCAUGCAGCUCACCACAAGGAUUUUCAUCUACAUCUGUGCUGAGGCAAAACAAUUUCUUUGAGUGGUUACUGUCAAUAUUUCAAACCAUACCACCGUUUAGUGUUGUACCUACAACAUUUAGGCCCCCCACAGCACCAACAACAACACAACCAACUGAGCCCAACGAAUGUGCAGCCUGCAUAUGCGGUGCAGCCAAUUCGAUGAGGCGCAUUGUAGGUGGUUAUGAGACUCAAGUGAAUCAAUAUCCCUGGAUGGCAAUGUUGUUGUUUCGAGGUCACUUCUAUUGCGGUGCAUCACUCAUCAGUGACCGUUAUGUUGUGUCAGCCGCUCAUUGUUUGAGAAGUUUCCCCCGCCCAUUUAUAAGUGUGCGUUUAAUGGCCCAUAAUCUAAAGGAUCGAACGGUGCGUGUGCUAGAUAGAAUGGCCGCCAAGGUGGUGGUGCAUCCCAAAUAUUCCAUGACGAACUAUGACAAUGACAUUGGUUUGGUAAAAUUGGAUCAAGUGGUGGAAAUGUCCAGUGUAAUGAGGCCAGUGUGCUUGGCCAUGUCGGAUCGAAGUUAUGACGAUGAAUUAGCUGUUAUAACGGGUUGGGGUGUUACCAGUGAGGGUGGCCAAAUUUCCCAAACAUUAAGGGAGGUCAAAGUUCCCAUUCUAUCUCAAAUGGCCUGUCAUGAAACGAAAUAUGGUAAGGAUCGUAUUACGGAUAAUAUGUUAUGUGCUGGUACUGCGGAAGGUGGUAUGGAUGCCUGUCAAGGUGAUAGUGGUGGUCCGCUAAUGGUUUCUAAUGAGGAUUUGAAUAUUUUCCACUUGGCUGGUGUGGUUUCAUGGGGUGAGGGCUGUGCCCGUGAAGAUUAUCCUGGAGUUUAUACACGCGUUAGUCAAUAUCUGGAUUGGAUUGAUGAAAAUACCAAGGAUGCAUGCCGAUGUGAUGUACCAGAACAACGAAUUGAUCAAGUGGAAAUAUUAGAAAAGGAGUUUACAAUCAUAAAACGUUAA